UCAGGAUGGUCAUGCAGACGAUCUCGCACGCCCUCCUGGGCCUCGCGCUGCUCAACGGCGUCGCGCAGGGCUUCAACGUUUACGUGUCCAACAUGUGCGACGAUGGCAUGACGCUCGCGCACGUGUCGCCCUCGGGCUCCGAGACGGAGCAGGUUGCGGCUGGCGGCACCACCACCAAGUCUAUCGCGCCCGGCUCGGCCUCGCACGUGUUCAAGUGGGGCACUGGCGCCCAGGCCACUCUCGCCGAGUUCUCGGGUGAGGGCGGCAAGGUCUGGUACGACAUCAGCAUCAUCCCCACGGGCCCCAAGAGCGGCCCCGAGUACUGCGAGAGCCUGCAGGCUUGCAAGGACCUGACGGGCGGUGUCGGCUUCAACGUGGCCAUGCAGAUCACGCCCCACUCGCCGGACGGCGGUCGCUGCGUCGAGCUCACGUGCAUGGCCGACGGCUGCGCGGACGGCUACCAGUUCCCCAAGGACGACACCAAGACGCACACGUGCCCACUGGCUACGGACUUCGACCUGACGUUCUGCCCCGGCGGCACUGGCGGCGCCACGCCCGCCCCGCAGACGCAGCCGCCGACGCAGGCCCCCACCACUCAGGCGCCCACCCCGACGCCGACCCCCACGCCCACGCCCACGCCGACUUCCACGCCCUCGCCCGAGGAACAGAACUCGGCCCCGUCGUCGGGCACGAGCUCUCACUCGAACGGUUCGGCUGGCCAGUACCAGGACCAGACUCAGAAGUCCGCAUCGGCUUCGGCCUCGCAGGCGGAGGCUGGCGCCAAGCAGAGCUCCACCACCAACAAGAACAACAACCUGCGCCAGGAGGACUCUACCAAGUUGACGGGCACGGUCUCGCAGACCGCCCAGUCCACUGAGGAGACCAUCGGACAGACCCCUUCUGCCGCCUCGAAGGAAGACGGCGUGCAGCAGGUGACCAACAGGGCCGGCGAGGAGAGCGGCGGCAGCACCCCGUACGUCGUGAUCAGCAUCGGCUGUGCCGUGGGUGUCGUGGCUGCCGCUGCCAUCUUCGCCGUGCGCAAGAAGAAGGCCAUGCUCGACGAGCUGGAGAGCAAGACCCCCAUGUCCACGACGGCCCAGGGCCCGCUCGCCAACUUCCGCACUCCGCGUGACAACGUCAGCGUGCUGCAACUCAAUACCCGGAAAGCGAUGCGAAAGCCAGCGUUCGAGUCGCUAGCUGCAGAUGAAGACGGCGGACGUGAAGUUUUCCACAGUCCUUCGUUCCGGAAACCUGCUGCGGAUAAUGACCCUGCCUCUCUCAGGAAAAUUUACCCAACCGCGUCGAAAGCUGCAGGCAGCAGCGGUAACAAUGCGGCCACAGGACCGCGAAAUUCGAGAGCGAAGAAGUCACGACUCGUUUUCCAAGUGGCGAUUGCUCUGGUGGCGUGUGUCUGCUUGGUUUGGACGCUGUGGCUCAUCUUGCUGAAUGUCGCGCCUAACGAGACUAUCAACCGCGUCAUGAAAACGGAAACCUUCGACUACGGCUCCUUCUGGCUCAUGGUUGAUCCACCGAAGGCGAUGAUGGUCGCGGCUACGAUUGGGCUGUUCGUGGUGGCAAUCGGGUACUUGAGCGUUCUCGUCGCGAUGCUCCCCUUCAAGCGGAAACAUAAGUACGCAGCUCCUGUCCACCGCGGCAGCCACGUUCUGGUGGAAAAGGUGGGCAAGGUUUUGAAUGAUGCGGCCGAAGACCGAACGGGGAGCAAAGUGACCUCCUCAGCUGCAAAGCUGGUUGUCUCGCUCACUCACGAAGAGAGUUUGGCACGGAAACGAAUCAAACUACUGAUGAAGUUUGGUGACUUGGCUCUUGAGACGUUUCUUCUCGUUCAAAUGCUCGAGUCCGGCUCGCCAACUCCACUGAUCGCCUUCUUUACGCUAGUGGUCGUCUUCAACGCGCUUUCUUGUGCGGCCAUGAUGUUUGUGCCGUAUGAACGCGCGCCGCUCGCUGAAAUUUUCAUCGAUAUCUCAAUUGACUUCCUCAUCGCUAUCGGGUGCCCAAUGCUGGUCGUUCUCUACUGUCUGUCCGCCUUCACCUUUGACCGCACCAAGUUCGCCAUCAACAUUGAAGUUUACCCGUCAGGCUGGUUCGAACAGAGUGCGAGCGUGAAUGCGGACCCGGUACAAAUCGCCGUCAUCUACAAAAGCCUCAAGUCUCUGCGCAUCAUCACCGCGUUCGAGUUGCUGGCGCGGGUGGGCGUCAACGUCAUGUUCUCCUUGCGUUUGCGCUACGUCGUGGGGCUCAGUCGCCGCUCCAAGCGACUACGCAGUAGUCUGUACCCGAAGCGCCACCGCCUUGGAGCCAUUGGACUUGUGCUGUAUGCCCUGAUUCUGGUGAUCUUUGUCGAGGAGAGUAUGCGUACGUCUACGCAGGCAUGCCAGCCACACCCAGAAUGCGCCGUGAAUGCCCAUCGCUGGACGCUUCUGAAGGAUGAUUCGCUGACACAAUGUCCGUGCCUGAUGCUGAUCGACCGGGACAUCGCCCCCAAGACGUUCGACGAGUGGAUCCUGCCGAGGAACGUGACGGACAAAGUGAUUCAACUCGCCACAACUGGAGACCUACAGAUGCUGCAGCUGACGAACCGAUAUUUGGGUGAGCUUCCAGUCGAACUUCGCCGCUGCAAGGACUUAAGGCACCUGUCGCUGGAAUACACCAACACGCAGACAUUCCCCCCGUGGGUCAAGGAGUUCAACAAACUCGAGUUCUUACAUGUAGAGAGCAAAGUGACCAGUCCCAUGGUGUUUCUGCCCGACGAUCUCUUCGACGACAUGUCGUCGCUCACCUAUCUUCACCUGGCGAUGUUUCUUCCGAUCACGCACAUGCCGUCCUUCCAGGGUCUCACGGGCCUUAAGUCGAUCACAAUGGCUGCCUUCCUAUCCCUCCAGGAAGUGCCUCCACUCACAAGCCUUCACAAGCUCGAGCGCCUCGUCCUAGCGGCGCUCGUAUCGAUCGACAGUUUGCCGGACUUGUCCCCGGUUCGGAAUCUCAAGUCGUUUGUGGUAUCGGAUCGAGGCGCGUGGUGCUGCAAUGGCUUCCUGGGAGACUGCGACUUGAGCGACGAGAAGUGCAUGGUGCAUCCAGUGUGGGGGACUCCUGCUGCUACCUGCCUACCGUCGAAUCGGACCGAGAAAAUAGCUACUGAAGCUACACGGGAACUGGUCCAGAAAUUCUCGGCUACUGUUUGUGGGGACGUGCUCCGACCCGGAUUGCUGGAAGGUCCGCCCACGCCUGACAUUAUGGCCCCGUGCAACGGAACCAUGUACCGACAGUGUCCGAGACCCGACCAUAUCGAGUCAAUGUGCUACAACGCGAGGUUCAUGGGCGUUGCAUCGCUCAAGGCGUUGGAGACAAGUGCAAUCCGGAGUUUGAAGCGUGGCUGGGGUGUAAGUAGGUUCUUGAACGGAGAGAGCGGCGUUGUCUAA